CCCAUCAAAGUUCCCCACCACAGAGAAGAAUCUCUCUUUAUUUCUUUCACUCUCUCGUAACCAAAAUUUUCCAAAGCUUGAAACUGUCAUCAUCCCUUCUCUCUCCAAACUCACCCCUUCAAUUUAUUCACCUCUGACACCCUCUUAAUUUUGCUUCCAGUUUCUCUGAGUGAUGGGUAUGAUCUCUCCUCACUCCCACAAUUCCCACAUUAUAGUGAUCCUCAUCACCUGCUUCUUUCGUCAUAAAUUUUAGAUCAAACCCUCACCCUGAUCCCCCCUUACUUCUUAUGGGGUAUGAACUCAAGUGAACAGCAUGAAUCAUGACCCUUUAAUCUAAGAAGAAGAAAACACACACUCUCCAAAGUCCACACCAACCCAUAAAAAGUCCUUUUUUAUUUUUAUUUUUUUCCAUGGCGAGUGGCAAGCUUUAUGCUGGUUCAAACAUGUCACUUCUUCUCCAAAACGAAAGGCUCCCUUGCUCCUCUGAAGUCCUUGAGUCUCUUUGGGCUCACACCUCUAAUCCUGCUUCCUUCCAAGGUUCAAAAUCUGUGGUUGAUUUUGAGAAUGUUAGUGGGGGCAGGGUGGCGGAUAGGCCCUUUUUUCAAGCGUUGGAGAAGGAAGAGAACUGUGAUGAGGAUUAUGAGGGGUGUUUCCAUCAACCGGGGAAGAAGAGGAGGCUCACAAGCGAACAAGUUCAGUUCCUUGAACGGAACUUUGAGGUAGAGAACAAGCUUGAGCCUGAAAGGAAGGUUCAACUUGCAAAGGAACUUGGCUUGCAGCCAAGGCAAGUGGCUAUAUGGUUCCAAAACCGUAGGGCAAGGUUCAAGACCAAGCAGCUAGAAAAAGACUAUGGCGCAUUGAAAGCUAGUUAUGACAGACUCAAAGGUGACUAUGAAAGUCUUGUUCAAGAGAAUGACAAGUUAAAAGCAGAGGUGAAUUCUCUGGAGAGCAAAUUGAUUCUUAGAGGUAAAGAGAAGGAGAAUUUGGAUGACAAGUCAUCUCCUGAUGCUGUCAAUUCACCCCACAAAGAGCCUAUGGAUUUAAUUUCAAAUUCAAAUGCAACAUCUGAGAAUGGGACCAAAGUGUCACUCCCUAUUAUGGUAACAUGCAAGCAAGAAGAUGCCAAUUCAACCAAAAGUGAUGUGCUUGAUUCGGACAGCCCACAUUGCACUUCAUUCGUGGAGCCUGCUGAUUCAUCCCAUGCCUUUGAACCUGAACACUCGGAUUUCUCCCAAGAUGAAGAGGAUAACCUUAGUGAAAACCUUUUGACCCUCCCUUGCUUACCUAAGGUUGAGGAACCCUGCUAUGAUCACCCUCCUGAAACUCUUGUAACUUUGGCUUCCAGGUUGAAGAUCAAACCUUCUGUUUCUGGCCCUACUGAACAACCGCUACCAAUGUUAUAAAACUCCUCACUUGUAACCAUGUACUAGAAGCAAGCAAUAAAACUGGUAUUACUUCUAAGGAAUAAAAUCAAAAGGCCAUGCAUUGUGCUGUCAACAAGAAGAAACAACAUUAAAAGCUUAAAAACACAACACUUCUUUGAA